AUGCCUUUGUUCUGGUCUAAAGGAGUUGGAGGCAGAAGAUUCGGUGCAAACAUAACUGCAGAUAGGCAUGGUGUCAGAAAACCUGUCUGGCUUCAAAACACCUUUACAACGCGUCUUGCGAUUAGUAACGAGAAACGAUACCUUGAAUUUCUUUGGGAGACGACACAGGGAUGGAAUGGAAGACAAAUUUUGAGCUUGAUGUGA